AUGAAAGCAAGGUGUAAAUAUUGCAAGAAACCACUUGGUGGGGAAACAAGCAAUGAAAUUUUAAAUCUUAGAAACCAUAUCAAAUCAUGUAUCCAGAGAAGGAUACAUGAUGGUACUCGGAAAAUUCUUGGCCUCAAAUCUCUGCUUCUCAGUACAAUUCUGAUGUAUGUAGGAAGGAACUUUGUUCCAUGA